AUGGAUGCCAUAACAUUCAGAUUUUUGAUGAGCUUAGCAGCGUCUCAAAAUCUUGAAAUGUAUCUCAUGGAUGUUGUGACAGCAUAUCUAUAUGGAUCUCUUGAAAAUGAGAUAUAUAUGAAAAUCCCAGAAGGAUUAAAAAUGCCUGAGGAUUUGAAAUCAAAGGCUAAGGAGAUCUGUUCGGUCAGAUUACAGCGAUCACUUUAUGGACUAAAACAGUCCGGACGCAUGUGGUAUAAUCGCUUAAGUGAAUAUUUGUUGAGUAAUUACGUCAACAAUGCGAUAUGCCCUUGUGUAUUCAUUAAGAAAUCCUCCUUAGGAUUUGUGAUUAUUGCUGUAUAUGUAGAUGACCUGAACAUGAUUGGAACUCAAAAGGAAAUUGAUGAUGCAAGAACUCAUAUGAAAGAAGAGUUUGAAAUGAAAGAUCUUGGAAAGACAAAGUUUUGUCUUGGGCUCCAGAUAGAGCAUUUCCAAGAUGGUAUAUUUGUGCAUCAGUCAAAUUACACUAAAAGAGUGUUAAAACGCUUUUAUAUGGACAAAGCAACUCCUUUGAGUACUCCAAUGGUUAAUAGAUCUCUUGAUGUUGAAAAGGAUCCAUUCCGUCCUUGUGAGGAUAACGAGGAAGUGUUAGGUCCUGAAGUACCUUACAUGAGCGCUAUUGGUGGACUAAUGUAUCUUGCAAAUUGCACUAGACCAGAUAUAGCAUUCGCUACUAAUCUGCUUGCAAGAUAUAGUUCGUCCCCUACGCGCAGACAUUGGAAUGGAAUAAAACAUAUUUUUCGUUAUCUUCAAGGAUCAAUUGAUUUAGGAUUAUUUUAUCCUAAAAACUCAAAAUGUGUUUUAGUUGGUUUUGCUGAUGCAGGAUAUCUAUCAGAUCCACACAAAGCUAGAUCACAAACAGGUUAUGUUUUCACAAUUGGUGGAACCGCGGUCUCCUGGCGUUCGCAAAAGCAAACUUUGGUUGCAACGUCUUCAAAUUAUGCAGAAACUAUUGCUCUCCAUGAAGCAUGUAGAGAUGUGUGUGGCUCCGGUCUAUGA